AUGAAGACAGAAAUAAAGUCAAAGAACCUCAAUCCAAUUUGGAACGAAAGUUUCGUUUUUGAAGUCGGCCAACUAGACGUCUCAUCCCGAAUUAUCGUCUCUGUCUACGACCACGAUUCCUUCGGCAGCAAUGAUUUCAUCGGUGCAACUUCUUUCUCCAUUUCCGAAGUUCAAAAAAGCACUGUCGACGGGCUUUAUCGUCUGCAAAAUCCAAGAGAUGGUCGCCUUUUCAAUCAUUUGUUGGAGCACAAUACGAACAAGUAUGGCGAGCUCAUAGGACUGAUGAACAUUAAAAAAUCCGACGAUGAUAAAUCGAAAGUUGCUCUUAGCGACUUUGACCUUGUAUCCACGAUUGGAACGGGGAGUUUCGGACUAGUGCUUCAAGCAAAGUUGAAAUCUGGACGAAAUGUUGCCCUCAAGAAACGCGCUACGUUCCACACACCUGAGUAUGUGAUGCUUGCUCUUGAAUUCCUACCGGGCGGCGAUCUGUACUUUCACAUUAUGAACUCUGAAUUCAAUGUCUUCUAUUUGAACGAUGUGCUCUUCUACACGGCUCAAAUUUCCGAAGCCUUGGAUUUCAUCCACACCAACAAGAUUAUCUACCGCGAUUUGAAAUUGGAUAAUGUCGUUUUGGAUUCGAAGGGAUACGUGAAACUGGUCGAUUUCGGUUUGGCAAAGAGCGUGGAGGAAACAAACGGAAACUGCAGUCUUGUUAUUAAAUGCAUUUAUAACAAAUAUAAAUGCUCAAUUAUUUUUGACCCCGAGAUAAGUGGAACACUCGAGUACAUGGCUCCUGAGAUUUUGGCGGGAUUCGAAUAUUCCUAUUCUGUCGAUUUCUGGGCACUUGGAGUUUUAAUCUUCGAAAUGAUCUACUCGAUACGACCAUAUCAAUCCCACGACGAGGAGAAACUAAAGCAAAUGGUCCUGGAGGACCCGAUUCGCUUCCCAAGACAAAUCGUAGAAAACACCAUCCCUUCUUCUGUUCAAAGUCUGCUCAAGCUGCUUUUGACCAAGAGUCAAGAUGACAGACUCAAAAGCUAUAGAGAAAUGAAAGAACACGCGGCUUUUGAAAAUUUCGACUGGGAAGGGUUGAGAAACCGGUCAAUCAUACCUUCAGUUAUUCCAAAUGUGGAGUCCAAUUUGAACUUCGACCCUGAGCUUGCACAUUACAGUCCUCAAUUAUCGCAAGUGCAAAAUGUAAAUAUCAACUUGGAUCUGUUCUUCGACAACUUCGAGGAAAUUUUCUGUGAAGACUUAUUGAUAAAUUCUGCUAAAUAA